UCAUUCGCGGCCACGUGACUGGUACGCACAUAAUCGGUGUCCACGUGACAGGCAAGGAGGCCGGCAGAGGCGGAGGGCUGCGGUGUGUGUUUAGAGUAACCGCGAGCACUGGGAAGUUUUAGGGUUCUUUGUUGCUUUUCUUCUCGAUUAAGGGAAUAGGAUAAUAAACAUCAGGCAGUAAAACAUUUCCUAUACUUCCUAUGUUUUGCACAUUAUCUAGUACGGUAAUUAAAACACUUUCUAGUUUCUAAGUACUGAUUUUCAGAACCGCCAUGUUGGUUUUAGAGGAAACUCGCGAGAUGCUACUGGGUUUGUAUCGCGAGAUCUCCAGAUUCUCGCGGGUCCUUGUUGGCAGAAGCAGUUGUCCUGGAUGGCGGAGCCUUGGGUUCCGGGGGCCUGAGACCCACAACUCUCACAAGGCAAGUUGUUAGGGAGGGGCUGAGGGCGAGUGCCUCUUCGUGCCGGGAGACGUGCUGUGUCAGCUUCCUCUAGCCUUGGAGGGAGUACAGUUACCCUAUUGAGGCUACACGAUUCUCCCCACCCACUGCGGGCGCUCUGCCACCUGCAGAAGCGUACGCUCCUCUCAGCCCGGGCUGCGUCUCCCCCGCCCGGUGGUAGUUCCACCCCCGUCCCACUCACUGGAAGUCCGGAGCAGUGAUCGCGCAGACGUGAUGAUUCCAUUGGAUGCUGUUCCUCAUCCUUUCAAACGUUCUUUUAGUUUUUUUCCUUGUUGCCGUUCUUUAAAGUACUCUAGAUCUGUUAACAUUCUGUCGUUUAUUUUUGCUGCAGUACCUUUCUCCACGGGCCAUUCUCAGAACACCUAAGACAGAAUGCCUUCCACCUCUGGGCAUUUAUUCCCGUUUAUAUGGUCUUUGAUAACUUCUUCAUAAUUGUAACUUUGUAUUUACAACAACUUUUGGGCAGUAUUUGGAGGGGUUUCUUAUCUCUCUGACAGUAGUUGAUGUCAGAAUAAAAUCGUUCUUUAAUCUUUUUGACCGUGCCCGUUAACUUAAAUUAUCGGUAGAGUUUUGACUUCUGUGUUACUUUGAUGUUUAGGAAUGGUUAUUUCAUGUUGCAUAUAUAAAGAAAUAGUGGAAUGUUUUAGGGCAAAUUUUUAAUUAAAAACAAAAUGAGUUUUCAUACACUUUGGUAUUGAACUCAAUUUUUCCUUAAACAAGGUUGACGUCAAAUUUAUUUUCUAUUCUCCAGUGUCUUAUAAAAAAUGAAAGUAUAACCUCUUUUCAUAUUCUUCAGCAGUGUGUAGAUUCUGUUUAGUAUUCAGAGUGGUGAGUUCAUUAUUAAACUGAUCAGAUAACUAGAUAAUCCACUCAUAAUUUUUUUAAACUACGAAAGUGUUAUUUACGUUUACACUUAAUAGAAUAUAUAGUGUAAAAAGCACCUUACUGCAGUCUGACAAGUUCCCUUCUUCAGUCUUAAAUCUCUGCUCCUAAGUAAUCACUCUUAGCGGUUGUUGUGUAUUAUUCUAGAUAUUUUUCAUAUUUUAGUUUUCUUUAUGAAAGGAUAGGAUAAUGGAAAGGUGUUAUAUAUUACCAAACAUUACAAAAAAAAAAAAAAACCUAAACGUUGCCGUUGAGUGGAAUCCGACUUAUAGAGAUUCAGACUCCUAGCGACCCUAUAGGACAGAGUAAAACUGCCCCAUAGAGUUUCUAAGGAGCUGCUGAUGAAUUUGAACUGCCCACCUUUUGUUAACAGCCAGGUGCUUAAUCACUCUGCCACCAGGGCCCCACCACCACAUUAGCAACCAAUACAAAUAGACUGUUUUUCUACUCAGUUAAAUUUUUAUUUAAUGGCAUAUGCCUUUGUUUGGACUCAUGCAUGGUUAGGUAGAAAGUAAAUUUUUUGUUUGCACAAUUUUUUUCUGUUAUAGUUUUGUGAAAAUAUCUCUAGCGAUAGCAUUAUUAUUUUUGUCAGAGAUAAUAUAGUGUGCAGCAGUCUUUGUCAUGCAAACCGCUUUUAUACUUACUAAUAAAUACGCAAAAAUAAAAGGACCAUGUAAAAUCAUACAUGUGAAUAUGACUCUUGGACUGCAACAAAAUUUAACUUGUAUGUUGGUAGCUUUGCACAAAAAGAAAGCUCUUGUAAAACAGAGUUUAAAGAAAUAGUGUUUUAUAACUUUUGAGUUUUGUAUUUUUAUGUUCACUCCUUUUAUAUUUAUUUUUACGUUUAAAUAUUUGUUAUGUUACUUAGGUUUAAAAUUGUAACCCAGAUAUGCAUAUGAGUUUUUCAGAAGUUUAAAAGUUUAUCAGCUUGAAGUAGUAGUUCUGACCAUUCGAAUUAGUGAACGCAACUGGAGAGAUGUAGGUGUAUCAGUAGUUAAUACAAACAUGUUGUGUGCCAUUGAGUCGAUUCUGACUCAUAGGGAUGCUUUAUAAGAGUAUAACUGCCCCAGGGUUUUCUAGGCAGUAACCUUUAUGAGAGCAUAUUGCCAGGUCUUUUCUCCUGCAGAGCUGCUACCGGUGGGUUCGAUUUGACUUUUUGGUUAGCAACCUAGUGCUUAAUCAUUGUGCCAUCAGAGAUCCUUAAUACAAACAUACUCAAAAGUUGGUAAGCAAUUGUCAUUUUGUGAUUGUCCUUUUUUUGUAUUUUUUUUUUUCCCAAAACUUAUCAACAGUGUUACUUACCAGAUCUGUCAUGUUAAAAGUGUCCAAUCUUUAUGGAGAGUCUGAUUGUCUGUUGUAACAGUAUAAGUAGGAGUGUUGAAGAAUAGAAGUGAGUAUUGCUUGAGAGGUAUGAUGUAGGAUAAGAGGUAAAGAAAACAUAGGAGUGUAUAGGUUGAUACUGAAAUGGACUUAAGAGAAGUUGCAGAGAAAAGAGAAAUACAGAAGGCUUAAGGAGCCCUGGUGGCACAGUGGUUAAGUACUCAGCUGCUAACCAAAAGGUUGACAGUUCAAACCCACCAGCCCUUCCUCAGGAAAAAGAUGUGGCAGUCUGCUUCCAUAGUGAUUACAGCCUUGGAAACCCUAUGCGGCAGCUCUGCUCUGUAGGGUCACUGUGAGUUGGAAUUUCCACCGAAAUGGGUUUGGUUUGAUUUGGUUUUGGUUAAGGAGUCUUGAUGGUGGAAUGGUUUAAGUGCCUGGCUGCUAACCGAAAAGUCAACUGUUCAAACCCACCAGUGGCUCCAGACUCACCAGAGGCUCCAUGUAGAAAAUACCUGGCAAUCUGCUCUGUAAAGACUACGGCCUGGGAAACCCUGUGGGGCAUUCUGCUCUGUCCUGUAGGGUUGCUAUGAGUUAGAAUCUACUCCAUGGCACACAACAAAAGUGAAGCCAGAGCUAUGUGUCCAAGAAUAGACAGGCUUAUGAUGGUGGGAGGGCAACUUCAAUUGACCAAAAAUUAGAAUCAGUACUUGAGUCAAAUUUUUCCUUAUUAAAUAAUUCCACCCCCCAAAUUGCUUGAUAUUACCAGUCACAGAAGUUAGCAACUUUAGUUGAAACUUUGUGAAUUCUUUAUUUAGAUAAAAUUUUGUUGAAUGCAUUAUUAGUAUUUUUAGAAGUAGGAAAUCCUGAAAAUGACAAAUAGUUCCAACAUCACAAUUCUGCAAUGCCCUUUGCAAAGUGAUUGACAGAGUUUAGCUUGGUUGGGUCUUUUGUAGUCCAUAUAUGAAUCUGAUCAACCCAUGAAUCUGAUCCAUGCAAUCAUACAUGUUCCUUACCCUUAGCAUGUUUUUGGUAGUGAGUCUUGGGAAUUACCAGUCUUUUCUGAACACUAAAUUAUUUGAGGGAGUUGGUAGAAAUAUACUGAGAAAUCCAAGGAAGAGAAGAUGUGUCUUAUGUGGUUUGAGUCCACUUGAGUAAAACUGAAAUAACCAAGAAAUUUUAUUUUCCUUGUACUCAAUUAUUAUAGCCAUAGAAGUGAUUUAUGAGAGCUAAUGAGCUUCAUUAAUCAGGAAAUUAGUAUCAGUGGUAAUAACAGUACUGAUUUGUUCUCACUUAGAUUGUUUUUCUUAAGGUCUGUUAUAAUGCUAAUUUCUGUAGACUUCUAACUUUGUAAACUAUACAGUGCAAUACUUACAAAUCAUAUGAAGAAUAUGUAUUUUAUUUCAUACCUCUACUUGAAUCAGUGUUCAAGAGUGAUUACAGUAAAUUAUUUGACCAGAAAUAUCAAUGAAACAUAGAUCUUUUAGUAAAGAGAAAUGUGUACCUACAUUGCAGGUGCUUAAAAAAUAUGUAUAAUAACUUGAAAAUUCAUUUUGAAGUUGUCUGUGAGAAAUGUUUGCUAGAAGAAAGACACUGAUUUUUUUAAAGCAGUGUUUAAUACAUAUGUGGUAUAACUCAAUGCCAUCAAGUUGUUUCUGACUCAUAGUAACCUCGUAGAACAGAGUAGAACUGCCCCAUAGGGUUUCCAAGGAGCAGGUGGUGGAUUUGAACUGCCGACCUUUUGGUUAGCAGUUGAGCUCUUAAUCACUGAGCCACCAGGGCUCCUAGAUAUGUGGUAUAGACUGGUGCAAAUUUAUGUAAUCAAUAUUCAAUAACCACUGUGAUUAUACUUUAAAAAACACUACCAAUAAAUAUUCCCGAAGUGCUGAGUCUUGAAUUCUAAAGCCAUGAAGGUAUGGACUUUGUUGUUUUGUUUUAACUUGUCCUUCUUGCCUCUUCUCAUUUUUCUCUUUAGCGUUUGUUUCUCAUUCAUACAGAUAAUUUUUUUUUUGUCAGAGACAAGUUGAGUAACUUUCCCUGUAGAGAAUAUCACUUUGUGAUUAAUCAAAUCAUUCAGUUAUUGUUACUUUUUUUUAAAUUAACUCUAGUGUAUGUAUAAGUUAGAGCCAGUAUUUCAACUAACGUUUAUUGAGUGCUAGUGACCUCAGCUGUUCAAAACAUAGCAGGGAUCCUGGACAUAAAAAGGCCUCUGAGCCAUUAAUAAUAAGUACAAUAAUCCUGUGGCCUUUAUUUAGAAUCUACUAAUUUGGGAAACCUUGGUGGCGUAGUGGUUAAGAGUUCAGCUGCUAAUCCAAAAGGUCAGCAGUUCAAACCCACCAAGCGCUCCUUGGAAACCCUAUGGAGGAGGUUCUACUCUCCUCUAGGGUCACCAUAAGUUGAAAUCAACUUGUUGGCAGUGGGUUUGGUUUUUUGAAUUGGAGUCAAUUAACUUUAAAUUUUACAGCCCCAACAGGGUUGGUUAUCUGAUUUCUUAGCCCAUGGAAAAUCUACAGGGUUAGCCCCUGGAGUUAGGCACACUGACAGUUGAAGUGUUGUGUCAUUUCAAGGAAAAAGGAAAAACUAUUUUUAAAAAAUAGGUAAACUAUAGAACACUAGUGUUUUAAGGCCAUUAUAUACAUCUGUGGAAACCCUGGUCGUGUAGUGGUUAAGAGCUACGGCUGUUCAGAUCCAUCAGGUGCUCCUUGGAAACCCUAUGGGGCAGUUCUGCUCUGUCCUAUAGGGUGCUAUGAGCCAGAAUCGACUUGAUGGCAACGGAUUUGGUUUUUGGGUUUAUAUAGAUACAUGCAGUCCUAUAAUCAUUCACCUUCUGAAGGAAUCAGAAUAUUAUAGUGUAGUACAUUAAUGUGUCACAGUGAUAACUUUAAUCAUAAAUAAAAUUUUAUUGUACAUACUGUGUUUAAGAAAGUAGGAAAUUGUGUUUUUUGAAAAGAUUGUUAUGAAAGUGAACAUUUUCAAAGUUUUGUUAAUGUGAUAAGUUUCAGUUUUCUGGAAAAUUCACAUGUAGAACUCUUUGAUGACUCCGAAUAAAUAUGGUGCUAUUUUGUAUGGAAUUUUCCUUGUUAAAUUUUAUUGCAUUUAUCGAUCUAUCUAUGUCUGUGUGUCUCUCUUUCACCUAUCUAAUAUUUCAGGGGAUUAUCUUCCAGACAAGGCUCUAUUACGUUUAAUAUGUGAUAUCAGUAAUGAGCAAUUUCCUAAAGACUGGCUGAUUUGCUAAUGAAGGAAUUUUCAAAGCAGGUAAUUGGAAUCAGUUAUGUAUGAUUCCAUGCGAUUCAGCUCUAUACUCUAGAACCCUGAUAUUGAGUCUCUAUGCUUAGUACAGCCAAGUGUCUUGAGGUAAGAAAUGUUAAAUUUUGAAGUAGAUUUUUUUUCUGCUUUGCCUACUUUCUCAGGCUUUCUUAGUAUGGUAAUUCAAACCUUACUCUUCUUUAGUGAUAGGGUGGUGGUAGGUAGUGUUGACUGAAGUAUGAAAUGUGUGUGUAUGUUUUAAUGAUUUUAAAGGCUAGCCUGAGGACUUUAAAUCUUGGGAAUAAAUAUGACCAUUAUUAGCGUUUUGAUAUUUUUUUGAUCAUUUAAAAAUGUAUCAUUUACAUAACUAGAUAAUACAUAUCUGUUUUCAUGUCUUGCUUUUUUUUUUUAUCCGUUAGGUAACACUGUCGCAUUCUUACAGUGAGUCUUCAUAACCAUCUUUACGAAUGGUUAUACAAUGUUUCAUGUGGCAGAUGUAUCAUAUUAUCCCUUGUUCUAAUUUUUUACAUAUAAACAGUGUAAAGAAUGUAUUUACAGAUGAGACAUUUUUUGUAUCUAGUAUUAUCUCUUCAGUAUAUUGCCAGAAAUGACGUUCAGGAACAUUUUAAAAACCCUUAAAACAUUGCCAUGCAGUGGAUAUUGGUGAGGGUUGUACAAGAUUAUUAACGUAAUUGGUAUCACUAAAUGAAACCCUGGUGGCCUAGGGGUUAAGUGCUGUGGCUGCUAACAAAAAGGUCAGCAGUUCCAAACCACCAGGUGCUCCAUGGGGCAGUUUUACUCUGUCCUGUAGGGCUGCUAUGAGUCAAAAUUGACUAGAUGGCAAUGGGUUUAAAUUGUACAUGUGAAAAGCAUUGAGUUGGUAAAUGUCGUAUUAUAUGUAUUUUUACAACAAUAAAAAGACUGGGGGGAGAAAACAUUGCUGCAGUAUUUAUCAAAAGGGAUCAGUGGGUCUUGCUUCAUACCUCACCAACUUUAAAUAUUAUAACGGCUGUUAAUUUCUUAAGGUGUAAGACAUAUUGUAUCACUUUAUUUCUUUGAUGGCUACUGAUGUGAAACAUGCUUAAUGUAUUUCUCUUGUGGAUUUUUAAGAUAUAAAUUAAAAAUUAAUGUAAUCAAACUUCAUCUUCUAAUUUUGUUCUACUCUCAAUCUGAGAAAUUCUUCAGAAAUGUAAUGAAUAAACACUAUUAAAUCUAUUAAGUAAUCCUUUAUUUUCCCAUUGGUUUAACAUGCUUCAUUUUUACAUUUUGAAUGUUUUGUUUAAUUUUAUCCCAAACUUUAAAAAGUAUUAGUAUUGUUCUUUAGAUGAUUCUUAACACACGUUUAGUGUCUUCGCCUUGAUUUUCUUUUUACUGCGGUGUUUGUUUUCUUACUGAUUUUUUUUAUUGUGAUGAAAAUACAAUGUAAAUGCCAUUUUAACCAUUUUCGAGUGUACAUUUUAAUGGCAUUAAUCAUACAGUGUUGUGCAACCAACGUAACUUUUUUCCAAAACAUUUUUGUCAUCCAAACAGAAACUACCUAUUAGUUACUUCAUAUCCGCCCACCUAGCCAUGAUAACCACUAAUCUUUUUAUGUCUAUGCAUUUGUCUGUUGUAGGUAUUUCAUUUAAGUGGGAUCAUGUGGGAGAAAGAUGUGGCAGUCUGUGCAAAGAAGCCUUAUGGGGCAGUUCUGCUAUGUCCCAUAGGGUCGCUGUGAGUGGAAAUGGACUUGACCGCUAUGGGUUUGGCUUUUGGUUUUAGGUUAGGGCUUCAAACUGGUUCAGCCUACAAAAUCAAAUCGAAACGGACCUGAAUUUUUAAAAUUUAGGUGAAGUGAAAGGGUAACUGGAACAGGAAGAAUUACAGGUUGAAGCCCUGGAAUGGGAGACUUGGAAGAGGCGUAGUGAACCUUUUCGGGAGCCUGAUGCGGGAAAGUGGACUACUGCCAGGACUGGGGAGAGUGACACAUACUCAAAGCAGUGCGGUCAGCCGCCAUCUUUGAACGGGGCACAGCUGUUUCUGACUCUGCCGAUCCAGAGAUUUGGUUGCUAUGCAAUGCGCGCUGCCCUUAUUUUCUAAGUAGGAGAUUAAGUUUCUAGCAGGGCUUUGACCUGUAAUUUUUCCUGUUCUGGUUAUUGUUCGGUUCACUCAGCUUCAAAGUGUGUGCCCAUUCGGGUUUUGCUUCAUUGUCCGUGACUGAACAGGACAAAACUGGUUCGAAACCCUGUUUUUGGAAGGUGUAUCCAUGUAGUAGUGUGUACUACAAUUUCAUUCCUUUUUAUGGUGGAAUGAUAUUCCAUUGUAUGAGUAUACUACAUUUUGUUUAUCCAUUAAUUUUUGAUGGACAGUUGGGUUGUUUCUACCUUUUGGCUACUGUGAGUAAUUCUACAGUGAACAUUAAUGUUCAGGUAUCUUUUUGAAUCCCUGCUUUGAAUUCUUUGCGUUAUAAACCCAGGAGUGGAAUUUCUGGGUCGUAAGGUAAUUCUGUGUUUAACUUUUUGAGGAACCACCAAAUUCUUACUGAUUUUAAGAGCACUUUAUAAAUUGAGGACAAUAAAGCUCAUUUUUUACAACACUGUGUUAUAAUUUCAUUUUAGCCAAAAUUUGAAUUUUUUCCCCAUACUCCAGAAUUUAGUAGCAUUGAAUUACAUAAUUUCUCCUUUUUUGAGCAGAGACAAAAUACGAAACUAUUUAAAACUACCGUACUAGAGGUUAUAAACAGAAAGAUUACUUUGGUACAUUUUGUAGAAUUAGAUCAAUUAACUUCCAAGAUCAAAAGUUUAGGAUGUGUGCUUAAAGUAUUUCCUUUUUAAAACGGCAGUAUACAAUUUGACAUCAUAUGCCUGUAAUAUAUUUAAUGAAAACGUGCUAAUUAGCAGUUGUAGGAAUCAAGUUACAACAUCACAGUAUUUCUUCAGAUGUUAAGAAUUGGACAUCUUAAUGCACUAAGAGUACAUUUACUGCAAGUUAAUCAUGCAUAAUGUAAGAAGUUCCAGGUAAGCAGUAGUGAGGACAUCUGUGCCACAGGCAGCGUUUUGAAUAUUGAAAGUUCUUACUGUUUAUAGUGCUGUGGGUUUUUUUCUUUAUGACAUAAUUUUUCAAGAUCUUAAAAUAAUUGGAAAAAAGGUAUUUGCAUUUGCUUGCAUUUUAAAACAGCGAUGGCCCCCAAUGAUUAUUUUAUUAUAUAAUUACUUUAGCAUACCAUAUUGUUAGCAGGUUGGUGUGGUUACAUUAAUGCUGGGGAGAAAAGUCAAAUUAAGUAAUUUGGUCAAUGUGAAGCCAUAAUAGAUAAUUUGAAAAUGUCUGUGUCCUGUGUUUGAGGAUCACAUAAGAGAAUUGCAGAUGAGGAACUUGACGUGAUGAAAUUUCCUUUGAUUUUUGGGUGGGAUGAGAUUUAAAGGGAUUAGAACAUAAUUUAUACCUUCUAUUUCUUCCUGAGUCCUGUUUCCCCUUGAGGGGUGAGUUGAUUUUGAGAAAUAAUCACUGAAGUGGUUCAGGAAAUGGGAGUUGCAAAUGGUGUUCUAGCACUAUUUACCCCCUUCCUAGUUAUUUUUUUAUUGGCCAGAAAUUCAAGGAAAAUAGAUCUUGCGUUUCUUAUACACUUCUGCCAUUAGAAAGCAAAUUUAUUAGUUUCAUAAAGUAUAAUAAUGCUUUUUGGUUGGCUUGACAGUGUUAUAAAGGAAGUUACUAAGGCUACUUCUCUUGAAAAAGGUACGUGUCAGAUGUAAGAUUUAUCUACUGAUAGCCCUUGAGGAACCCUCUUAUAAUCCUCUGUAUUAACUCUCCACUUGCCAUCUCCAAAUCUGUAAUUCUUAUCUGAACCGUCUUCACUAAAUAUAAACAUUGUUAGGUUGUUUUUGCAGUAGUGUGUUUUAGUUUUUCUGAGAGAGAAACUGCCUUUUUUUUCCUUUUUUUUAAAAAAUGUAAACGUGAUUAAAGUAUAAUACACAGAGAAAGUACUCCUAAGUGUAAAGCUCAGUGAAUUUUUUACAAUGGGAACACAGCUGUGUAGCCAGCACUCAGAAGCAGAACAUAAUCAGAACCCCAGAAACUCCCUUGUGUCCUAUUCUGGUCGCUAAACCUCCUUCCCCCGCAAAGGGAAACCACUAUUAUGAUUUGUGAUACUAUAGAUUAAUUUUGUCUGUUUUUGAACAUAGAGUCAUAGAGUGUAUAUUUUUUGUUGUCUGCUUUUUUUUGCCCAACAUUAAGUUUUUGAGAUUUAUCCAUGUUAUUGCAUCUUCACCCUUUUUGAUCAGAGUAACCUGAGAAACUCUAGAACUCAAUUUAACUUAUACCUGAAGGGGUUGGCAGUUUUUUCUCAUGGCAUUCAUAUUUUCCAAGAACUCUGUCUUACUUUCCUAGGGCUGCCAUAACAAAAUACCGGAAAGUGAUGGCUUUGAAGAACAGAAAUUAUUUUCUCACAGUUCUGGAGGCCAGAAGUCCCAGUCCAGGGAUAUGCACGCUUUCUGUCUGCUCUAUGGGAAGAUCUUUCCUUAUUGGUCGCUUGGAGCGAUUCUUGGCUUGGAGGUGUAUCUUCACAAGCUGUCUUUCCCUUGUGUGAGUCUGCUUCCCUGUCCUUAAGUUUUAUGAAACACCACUCAGAAGGGAUUAGAAUUGGGACCUACCCAAAUCCAGGAUAUUAAUUUAUAACAAAUGUAAAACUCUGUUUCCCCAAAUAAGGUCACAUUCACAGGUACAGGGGUUAGGAUUUCAGCAUAUCUUUUUUGCAGACAAGAUUAAAUUCAUAACCAACACCUAGGAGGGGACAUCAAAGAAAAGUCUUUUUUGCUUUCAGACUGGGUUGUAGACCCUCUUUGUGUUUUAUGCUAUUUGGGCAAACAGUAUGCUUUUAAUUUGUCAUUGAUGGCCUACAAUAGUAAUUUUGCAUUUCUUUUUCCCGUUUAAAAAUUUUGUUUGAAAAGUUUGGUACAACAUUCUUGACCUGCUGAUAGCUUUCUGGACUUUUGUCCUGUGACCUGGCAACUUUCUUUUCACUCUCUGAAUUCCUCAAGCAGUGAUUCCCAUUCUCGUUUUUAUGAUACCUUGUGGUAUACUGUUUUUUCCGAGUAUGUGGUGAAUCACCUCCCCUCCCCAUAAAAAAGCCCCAAUUUAAGUUUAAGCCAUUUUACUUUAAAAUAUUUUUAUUUAUGAACAGUACAACAUUGUGGCAGAUUAUAAAAUUAAAUGAUAGACAACUAAAAAAUUGAGAAAAGCAAAAGAGCCUUACCUAGUAACCCCUUUCAGUUUACUUAAAGUGUAACUGUAACUGCAACUUUGUUGCCAGGAAUUCUUUUGUAUGUUCUUUUCUAGCCCUCUCAUUUCACUUUUUUAUUUCUAAAACAGAUUUAUUACUGUGUUCCUGUACAUAAUUUUUCUUUUGGCUAUGGUUAGCCUGUCUGAUACAUUUAAUUUCUUUUAUAAACUAAUUUUGGUUACUUUCAGUCAUUAAUUGUUAGAGCUAGUUGUUGAAGUUAUAAAUUUUGUUCAAGAAUGAAUUAAGAGUAACGCAUACCUAAACUUUGGAUUCUAGUUGUCUUUUAUUUGUUGAACUUUUGUGGCACAUUUCCUUCCGUGGUUAGUAGAAUUGAAGCAAGGAAAUUGUGAUUCAGUUAUAGCUAUAAGGUAGUGAUUAUCAAACUUCAGCAUACAUCAUAAUCGCCUGGAAGGUGUUUUUUAAUUUUUUAUUUCUUAUAUAGAUUGCUGGGUCCCACCCACUCCUAGAGUUUCAGAUUUAGUAGAUGAGGGAACCACACGCUGAGAACCAUACUAGGGUAUAGUACGGGCACCUGCAUUCAAAACAAAUCCACAGGUGGUUCUGAUGUAUAUCCUAAUUGGGAACCAUUGAUCAGCAGUUGUCAAAGUAUGGUUCUGGGAAUAGCAGCAACUUGUUACAAAUACAAAUUCUCUCAAACUCAGGAGGUGGAAUCCAUAAAUCUGUAUUAAACUAGCCCUGCAGGUGAUCCUGAACCCAAAAAAUCAAACUCAUUGCCGUCGAGUCGAUCCUGACUCAUAGCAACACUUUAGGACAGAGUGGAGCUGGCGCAUAGACUUUCCAAGGAGCUUCCUGUGGAUUUGAACCGCCGACCUUUUCGUUAGCAGCCCAGCUCUUAACUGCUGGGCCACCAGGGGACUCCCAGGUGAUUCUGGUGCUGCUAAAGUUUGAGAAACGCUGCUUUGAGGAGAUCAGGAUCCCUGGUGGCACAGUGGUUAAAGUGCUCAACUACUAACUGAAAGGCUGUUUCGAACUCACCAGCCGCUCUGUGGGAGAAAGAUGUGGCAGUCAGCUUCCUUAAAGAUUGACAGCCUUGGAAACCCUAUGGGGCAGUUCUGCUCUGUCCUGUAGGGUUACUGUGAGUUGGAAUCAACUUCAAAGCAGUGGCUGUGGUAUUUGGUUUUGGCCUCUAGAUCUUUGUAACUCAAAAGUGUGGUUCCUUGACACCUGUUUGGGAGGUUGUUAGAAAUGCAAAUCUAGGCCCCUUCCAUACCUACUGAAUCAACAGUCUCGUUUUAACUAGAUUCCUAGCCAGUUCGAAUGCAUAUUGAAGAGUGAGAAAGAGCGUUCUAGAUGAUUUUAUUUUAACUUUAUUGAAGUUUUAGUAGUAAUUAAAAUUUACGAAACAUUUGCUUUGUGCUAGGCAUAUAGGGUCACUAUGAUACAGAACCUACUGGAUGACACCUAACAACAACAGGCAUAUGCUAAAUACUUACAUUCAUUAUCACCUGAUCCUUACAACAUCCUUAUAAGGGGGUUACCGUUAUCCUCAUUUUACAAAUGAGCAAAUUGAAGCAGAAGGUUAAGUAUCGUUCGCAGUGUUAAUGUAGAUCCUAAAUUCAGAGCUUGGGAUUUAAACCUAAACGCUCAAAGUGCUUUUGGAGCUUGAGGUGCUAUCCUCGGGAGUAUUUGUGUGUGUGUAUCCUUCCUUGCUGUUCCAGCACUGUAGUACAGAUUGUAUUUUAAUGAAUUAUUUGUAUCACAUUUUAUAAUUCUAUUUGAAUUUUCUUCCAGGUCUUAUAUUCAAGGACUAUUUUUGCCAAAAUAAUGUGUUUUGGAUACCAGAACAAUCAGAACUGAAGAUAUCAAGUUGUGCUAGUACAACCAUAUAAGUAAUUAAUACCUGAAGUCUCAAUGUAACAUGGAUAUUAACAAUGAUGACAGAUAAAUGCAGAAGCUUGGGAAUCAAAUACUAGGCGAAACACUUAUAAAAAGUUAUCAGAGACUGUUACAGACAAUUGCUGUACUCGAGGCUCAGCGCUCUCAAGCAGUUCAAGACCUUGAAAGUUUAGGAAGACACCAGAGGGAAGCACUAAAAAAUCCAAUUGGAUUUGUGGAAAAACUCCAGAAGAAGGCUGAUAUAGGGCUUCCAUAUCCACAGAGAGUUGUUCAGUUACCUGAUAUUUCGUGGGACCAAUAUACCAAUAGCCUUGGGAACUUUGAAAGAGAAUUUAAGAACCGCAAAAGACAUACUAGACGAGUUAAACUAGUUUUUGAUAAAGUAGGUUUACCUGCUAGACCAAAAAGUCCUUUAGAUCCUAAGAAAGAUGGAGAGUCCCUCUCAUACUCUAUGUUGCCUUUGAGUGAUGGUCCAGAAGGCUCAAACAGUCGUCCUCAGAUGAUAAGAGGACGCCUGUGUGACGAUACGAAACCUGAAACAUUUAACCAGUUGUGGACUGUAGAAGAACAGAAAAAACUUGAACAGCUACUCCUGAAAUACCCUCCUGAAGAGGUAGAAUCACGGCGCUGGCAGAAGAUCGCAGAUGAACUGGGCAAUAGGACAGCAAAACAGGUUGCCAGCCGAGUUCAGAAGUAUUUCAUAAAGCUAACAAAAGCUGGCAUUCCAGUCCCGGGAAGAACACCCAACUUAUAUAUGUACUCCAAAAAGUCCUCAACAAGCAGACGACAGCACCCCCUUAAUAAGCAUCUCUUUAAACCUUCCACUUUCAUGACAUCCCAUGAACCUCCAGUAUAUAUGGAUGAAGAUGAUGACCGAUCCUGUUUUCACAGCCACAUGAACACUGCUGUUGAGGAGGCAUCAGAUGAAGAAAGUAUUCCUAUUAUGUAUAGGAAUUUACCUGAAUAUAAAGAACUAUUACAGUUUAAAAAGUUAAAGAAACAGAAACUUCAGCAAAUGCAAGCUGAAAGUGGAUUUGUACAACACGUGGGCUUUAAGUGUGAUAACUGUGGCAUAGAACCUAUCCAGGGCAUUCGGUGGCACUGCCAGGAUUGUCCUCCAGAAAUGUCUUUGGAUUUCUGUGAUUCUUGUUCAGACUGCCUACAUGAAACAGAUAUUCACAAGGAAGAUCACCAAUUAGAACCUAUUUAUAGGUCAGAGACAUUCUUAGACAGAGACUACUGUGUGUCCCAGGGCACCAGUUAUAAUUACCUUGACCCAAACUACUUUCCAGCAAACAGAUGACAUGGAGGAGCCCACUGUUUACUAGUCCACUUCUACACAUAGCAAUGGUAUCAUUGUUAGUUAUGUGCACAGUUUGGAAAGAUUCUCUGCUUUCCCUGAAAUGACACUCACAGCAUGACAGCUUCCUGAGUGUUCUCGUCAAGUACAGCUCUGCACCGUUGCGGCUCUAGAACACUGUUCAGCAGCUGAACAUUCCUGGUGAGCAAAGGGUUUCCCUGGUGAAUUUUUCACCAGCCCUUAAAGCCUUUUUAGGUGGUGCUCUUAGAUGGGUGAGAUGGAAAUGAGAGCACACGUUAACGAGAGAGUCAAUCCCAAAGGUUUCAAAGAACUCGGUCAUAAAUAUGAUAAUGAGAAGACAAAGUAUUUAUAUAAAAACAGUUUAGUAGCUUUCAGUUUUGUUGUGAAAAUAGUUUUCAGCACAGAAACUGACUUCUUUAGACAAAGUUUUAACCAAUGAUGGUGUUUGCUUCUAGGAUAUACACUUUAAAAGAACUUACUGUCCCAGUGGUGGCCACAAUGGCCUUUAGAAAUCAGAGCUGCUUAACCAUAUUGAUGUCUAAUUUCUUUUAACCACAAUGAACUGUCCUUAUUACCAACAGCGAAGCACUACAGGAGGCAACUGUGGCAUUACCUCCUUAACCAGCUCAUGGUGUGUGAAUGUUAUAAAAUUGUCACUCAGAUAUAUUUUUUAAAUGUAAUGUUAUAUAAGAUGAUCAUGUGAUGUGUACAAACUAUGGUGAAAAGUGCCAGUGGUAGUAACUGUGUAAAGUCUCUAAUUCACACCAUUAAUUCCUUUAAAAUACACAGCCUUCUGCCUCUGUAUUUGAGUUGUCAGUGCAACUCAUCAAAGAAAACUGCCUAAUAUAAAAAUCAUAUAUAUGGUAAUAAUUUCCCUCUUUUGUAGUCUGCACAAGAUCCAUAAAAGAUUGUAUUUUUAUUACUAUUUAAACAAGUGAUUAAAUUUAGUCUGCGCAGUGAGCAAGAGUUCACAUGCAUUCUUUUAUACUGCUGGAUUUUGUUGUGCAUCACUUAAAACAUUUUGUAUGUUUCUUCUUAUCUGUGUAUACAGUAUGUUCUUGAAUAAUGUUCAUUUGUCAGGAGAACUGUGAGAAAUAAACUAUGUGGAUACUGUCUGUUUAUAUUAUAGAA